GUUCCUUAUUCGUGUUCUCACGCUUACGAAAGGCAGAGUGGUUGUUUAGGGUACGCGCGGACAGAAGGCGGAAUUUAUACACCUGUCCUAGUGAUUUCCGAAACUCCGGCACCAUGCUGGCACUCCUAGGCGUCGCUCGCCGGGUCGGCAAGCAGCUGCCGCAGCCUGGCUUUCUGUCUGCCUUCAUUAGCACCACCAGCGAGAGCCUGAACGCUGCGGCCGCAAGCACGCCAGCGCCGUCGAAGCCUGCUCUGGGCAAGCCCCCGCUCUACAAGGAGUUCCAAAUCUACCGGUGGAACCCUGACAGCGAUGAGAAGCCAAAGUUCGCUUCUUACCAGGUCGACAUCAACAACUGCGGACCCAUGAUGCUGGAUGUGCUCCUCAAAAUCAAGGAUGAGCAGGACCAGACGCUGUCGCUGCGCCGCUCGUGCCGCGAGGGCAUUUGCGGCUCUUGCGCCAUGAACAUCGACGGGAGCAACACGCUGGCGUGCCUGUGCAAGGUCAACCGUGACCCCGGGCACGUUAGCAAGGUGGCCCCGCUGCCGCACAUGUUUGUCGUGAAGGACCUGGUCGUCGACAUGGCGAACUUCUACUCUCAGUACAAGUCCAUUAAGCCCUACCUGCUGAAGAAGGAGGAGCGGAAGGGCAAGGAGUGGUACCAGUCCAAGGAGAGCCGCGCCAAGCUGGACGGCAUGUACGAGUGCAUUCUGUGCGCUUGCUGCUCCACCUCGUGCCCCUCGUACUGGUGGAACAGCGACAAGUACCUGGGCCCCGCCGUGCUGCUGGCCGCCUACAGGUGGAUCAUCGACAGCCGUGAUGACGCCACCGCUGAGCGCAUGAAGCACAUCGACGAUGCCUUCAAGCUGUACCGCUGCAAGACCAUCAUGAACUGCGCCACCGUGUGCCCCAAGGGCCUGAACCCCGGCAAGGCCAUUGCCAAGCUCAAGCAGACCCUGCACAAGGGCCAGCCCGUGUAAAGGGUGUCCCUGACUCCCUCCUCGGCCGCCUUCAAGGCACAGCGGCACUGCAUGCUUACAUGCUGCGGCCGUAGCCUGGAAUGCGGCGCGAACGCCCACACGAGGACCUGGCGUGAUGGGCCUGGCUUGACCUUACUCGGGACGCGUUUGCGGCGGGAUGCCACGCCUAUUGAAGAGGAGGCUACGGAGACGAGGCGGCGCCUUGUGGUGCAGCGUCGCUCCUCGGGCGAGGCACACAAUAACGGGCAGCCAUCAAAGCUUAUUUUUUGUUAAAUAGUGUCGCCGUGUGUGUGAUGAGACUGGCAGCUUGUGACAUUCCGCUGCGUGCAGUGAAUCACUUGGUGCUUUAGGUUUGCCAACAAUCAAUGCUGGACGUUCAGGAAAUCGCGGUUGCGGUGGGUCCCCGCCGACGCCCGUGCACGGUAUUUGCUAUGCCUUGCCCGGUCUCCGUCGCGCGUUGGCUGCUGGGGCGGUUUUGAGGAUGCCGCAGCUUGGUGCAUGGCGUGAUGGCCUGGGUUAUGUGGAUGCACAGUGCGUGCAUGCCAUGUGUUUGGAAGGGCUACGCCAGGGGUCUGCGGGAAGUAUUACGUUCCGACCCGCAGGGGAUUGCUGACCUGUAAACUUCCUUUCCCUUUGACGCCCAUGUUAGUGG